AUGAGACUCCAUUCCCUUCUUUCUGUGCUCUUCCUCUUUGUGACUAUAAUACCAAAAGCAAGGACUGGCGUUAUUCCGGGGCAGAAACAGUGUGUUCUUUUGAAAGGGGUGUGCAAAGAUGGAGGAUGCACCACCAUAGACGAUACCAUUGGUGAAUGCAAUGAUGAGAAAAAGUGUUGUAGAAAGUGGUGGAUAUUUUUUCCCUAUGCAACACCGGUUCCCAAAGGAAAAUCUCCUUAG